AUGGAAGAUGGGCCUCCUAAAGACGAACAGGCGAGCGCCGUGCGAAAGCGAGGUCCUCCGUUCAAGAAUCGAAAUGAGCCGCGAAAGAAAAACAACCGGGUGUAUCACAUCAACCGAGCAAGAAUCGUUGACGCCUCUAGGCGCGGCGGAAAUUUGAAACAACUCGCCGCGACGCUCGGCAUAAACGUAAAAACUGCAAGGUCAAUUGCCGCGACAGAGCGCGAAGUUUCUCAGAAAACUGGGGGCUCCGUCAGAAAAUUUGGCGCCGAUGUCGUCGCCUUCGUAACAAGAACUGUCGACGAGAAUCCAACGUUCACGUUGAAACAGAUAAAGCGCACCGUUGAAGAAGAAAUGCCUGGUCUCACAAUCAGCACCACUUCUAUUGACCGCCUCCUCGACGCACACACCUACUCUGUAAAGCUAGCGACCCAGAGACCGGUGGACCGCAACCGCUCCGACGUGAAGAGCAAACGAAAAGAGUAUGCGCAAUGGUUGCAGACGAAUGGUCCUCGGGUUUGCCGCUUUUACAUCGAUGAAACAAAUUACAAUAUAUGGUGUUCAAGGAAAUUCGGCCGCGCCAAAAAGGGCACGGCAGCGCUCGAGACGACGACUUCGACAAAGGGUGCGAACAUCAACAUCAUCGCCUGCAUGUCGGCUAACGGCGUGCUGCACUGGCGCAUUGUCGAAAGGGUCCAUUGGAUCGUGUUCAAUGAGUUUCUCGCCGACGUGUCUGCCCAGGUUGACUCAGAGGAGCCGGAAACAGAGGCCGUCUUCAUUUUCGACAAUGCUCCCGCUCACAACCGCGCUGAACAGGCAAAUCUGGUCAGCUCGAACCAUUCCAUCAAGCGGCUUCCUCCAUACACUCCUUUCUUUGAUCCAAUUGAAGAAGUUUUCUCCAAAUUCAAAUGCCAAGUUAAAGAGUACCUCAGAGAGAGGCGCGACUCAGUGCUGGUGACUCCACAAGGAGUCAUACAAAAGGAGCACAGGCGCUCGUUGCUUGUGAAUGCUGCACAACACGCAAUGCCACUUGUUCAGCGCGUGGAUUGCGCGGCAUUCGAUAGGCACAAUUUUUCUUUUGUUGAAGCUGCGCUCAGAGAGGAGGACAUGUAG